AUGCUUCCGGGAAUAUGUACCUUUGGUUUGCAGCGGGAUUCCUCGGUUUGGGGUUGGCCAAAGCUGUCCCGGAAGCACUUGUGCAAGACUUCAGACAGCUUUCGUCUCGAAGAAGAUCAAUCAAGUCAUAUCAGCAGGCAGCUGAAGCAAAUCCCUUUGAAAACGAGACCAGUUAUGAUGAACUUGAGGAAUAUCACGAGCGCUGAGGUGUUUGCCAAGGACGACGAUGCAGGCGAUACGCCCUUGGUUAAAGCCGUCAUACACGGGGGCUCUGCCUCUGUUAAGUUUCUCUUGGGGAAUGGUGCUCAGAUCAGUGAGCUUAAUGAAGGUAUUCUUAAGCAGUGUAGACAAGAGAACCCAGAUGUUGUGGUCUAUCUGCAGGAGCUAGGCAUCGACGUUCUAGCUGCUGAUGAGAUUGAGGCUGAGGAUUGA